CCGGUGUUAUAUUGUCUUCGUGAUUUCGUCCACGAAUUAGCACAGGUAAUUAUUUUGAACAAUACGAUACCUUUAUACGACAAAAUGGAAACUAAACGAAUGUCGUAUAAGUGGCAAUAUUAACUUAUAUCGACUUGUCUAGUUUGACUUUUAACUUUCAAUGUCCGAUUUGUCCUUAUUUGUCUUAAACUUCUGGCUUUUCUACACAAGCGAGAAGUAUGAACGAUUAACGAUGUCGGUGGGGUAUUUUUUUAUUGCGACACUAUUGGCCCUAAUUUUCCUCGGGAGUGUUCAAACAAAAAAAGGUCAGCUGAGAUUCGUAGUUCUCGGUGAUUUUGGAGGUAUGCCAACGAGACCCUAUUAUACGUCGGCACAGUGGCGAAUAGCAAAGCAUGUUGCCAAGAUUCCAAAUCUGGACUUUUUCGUCAGUGCUGGAGACAACUUCUACUACAACGGGGUGAAAGAUGUGAACGAUUUUAGAUUUUAUGCGACCUACGAGCGAGUCUACAACGAACCAUCGUUUCAGAAGAAUUGGUACGUGAUUGCGGGCAAUCACGACUACGAUGGCAACGUCUCUGCGCAAAUAUUGUACACGCAGAAGUCGAAACGGUGGAUGUUUCCACAUUUUUAUCACACUAAAAAGUUUUUUAUACCCGAAACGAAUAAAAGUUUACAGAUAGUUAUGAUCGACACAACGAUAUUAUGUUUCAGAAGUGGAAAAAAGAAGUACAAAAAUACACCUUCUGUCGAAGAGCAAAUGACAUGGAUCAGAAAUACUCUAAAUGAGUCGAAAGCCCAUUUCUUGAUUGUUAUUGGACAUCAUCCCAUUUAUUCAUCAGGGAGGCAUGGCAGUAGCAAGUGCCUUCAGGAUAAGCUGCUGGAUUUGUUCAAACAACACAAAGUUAACGCUUAUAUCAGCGGUCAUGACCACAAUCUACAGCAUAUCGUGCCACCGAACUCAUCGCUGGAAUAUUUUAUAUGUGGAGCAGCCAACUUCUUUAAUUGGAUUAAGUCAAAACCUGGCCUAGAACCUAAUAGUUUAAAAUAUUUUGUCGGCAAUCUUCCUGGUUUCCUCCUAGUAACUGCAAAAGAAGACAGAUUGAAGCUGGAACUACGAACAGCUACACCGAAGCAAAAGUACAAAAGAUUUCUCCCGCCUAGAAACAAACUUCCUGACUCUAGUGAACAACCACAAAAAUAUCCAAAACUUUUAGAGAAGUUUUUUGCGUCAUUGCCAAACGGUUAAACUAAACAAAGUGUCAUAACCACUUUUUAUAUGUACGUUAGAAAAGAUUUUCUUAUUUUUUUACGAUGUAAAGAGGUUUUGUAACGCGUUUUAU